AUGGCCGACUACUUGCUCAAAUUUGACGAUGUCACAGCGUCGCCGUCGACCACGCCCUCCGCCUCGAUGUCGACCACGCCGUCGGCCUCGCGCACGCCCUCUCGCACGCCCUCGUCGUCUCCGUCGACGUCGUCCUCGCGCUCGCUCGACAACGCCGUCGGCCACGCCAUCGACCACGCGCUCGGUCACCCCAUCGACCACGCGCACCACCGCCCCAUCUGCCUCUACAUCGGCCACGCGUACGCCUUCGCCCACCAGCUCGACCACGCCGUCGGUCACCCCAUCGGCCACGCGCACCACCACCCCGUCUGCCUCUACAUCGGCCACGCGUUCUCCUUCGCCCACCAGCUCGACCACGCCGUCGGCCACGCCAUCGACCACGCGCUCGGCCUCGCCCACCAGCUCGACCACGCCUUCGGCCACGCGCUCGGCUUCGCCCACCAGCUCGACCACCGCCACGCCAUCGGCCACGCGUUCGCCUUCGCCCACCAGCUCGACCACGCCAUCGACCACGCCAUCGACCACGCGCUCGGCCUCGCCCACCACCUCGACCACACCGUCGGCCACGCCCUCAGCCACACCGUCGACCACCCCCGCGGCUUCGUUGUCGCCCACCACGUCCCUCACCGCGUCCCCCACAAGGUCGCCCACAAGGUCGCCCACCACCACGCCAUCGGCCACGCGCUCGCCCUCGCCCACCAGCUCGGCCUCACCCUCGACCACGCGCACGGCCUCGCCGUCGACCACCCCAUCGGCCACCCGGUCGACCACCCCCACCACGUCGCCGACCCAGUCGGCUUCACCCUCGACCACGCGCACGGCCUCGCCAUCGCCCACGGCCACCCGGUCGACCACCCCCACCACGUCGCCGACCCAGUCGGCCUUACCCUCGACCACGCGCUCGGCCUCGCCAUCGACCACCCCAUCGGCCACCCGGUCGACCACCCCCACCACGUCGCCCACCCCCACCACAUCGCCCACCCGAUCGGCUACGCCGUCGGCCACGCGCUCGACCACCCCAUCGGCCACCCGGUCGACCACCCCCACCACGUCGCCCACCCCCACAACGUCGCCCACCCCCACCACCUCGCCCACCCGAUCGGUUACGCCGUCGGCCACGCGCUCGACCACCCCCACGGCUUCGCUAUCGCCUUCGAUGUCGCCCACCCGAUCGGCCACUCCGUCGCCCACCCCGUCGACCACCCCGACCGCUUCGAGCUCGCCCUCGACGUCGCCCACCCAAUCGCCGUCGCCGUCGCCCACGCGCUCGACCACGCUGUCACCCAGCCGCUCGACCACGCCCAGCGGCACGCUCAUGCCCACCCCGAGCUCGACGCAGUCGCCGUCGGCCUCGCGCACGCCCAGCCCGUCGGCGUCGCCCACCCCGAGCCGGUCGGCCAGCCCGAGUCAGUUGCCGGCGAACUCGCGGCCGCCCUCGCCCAGCUCCACCCGCGUGUCAUCCCCCCCGUCACCCACGCGCAGCCCGAGCCGCUCGCGCACGCCGUCCCGCACGCCUUCCAGGUCGCCGUCGCGCUCGCCUUCACGCUCGCCGUCGCGCUCGCGCACACCGUCUCGCACGCCGUCCCGCACCCCCUCCCGCACGCCCUUUUGAUGAGUCUCUCUUUUGUACUUAUUUUGGUUCGGCCAUUCCAUGCCAUUCACUCGUCAUUACGCUGGGCCGAGGUGGUGCUGUUGGCGGUGGUGGCCAGGGCGAGGAGGCGCUGGGCGGCGGCCUCGGCGCGGUCGCGGUAUUCGAGGUCGGCGUAG